AUGCCUGGUCUUUUGACUCCAGAUGAAGCGGCUGCCAGCCAUGCCGACCUCGUUCGGAUCCCGAGUAUCGUCUUCUUCGCCGUGACGCCAAUCUUUGUCGCCAUCAGAUUCUGGAAUCGUAUCUAUAGGAGAACAGGGCUGGGAUGGGACGAUUACACAGUUUUGGUGUCAUUUUUUUGUACCCUGCUGGUGCAAAUUUUCAUGAUGAUAUCAGUCAACUAUGGAUUCGGCAAACACAUUGGGACAUUAUCGGUCCCAGACAGGCUGGCUGCUCUCAAGUGGUUUUACGUUGCGCAAAUCUUUUACAAGCUCACCAUCGGCCUCACCAAAACGUCCAUUGUUCUCUUGUAUCUGCGAAUCUUUGUCCAGAGGUGGUUUCGCAUCUGCUGCUACAUCAUGUUAGGCAUCGUCACGGCAUAUGCCAUUGCCAGCACACUCGUGUCCAUCUUCCAAUGCAGCCCAAUUAGCGGAGCCUGGGACAAGUCGUCCAAACCUACAUGUGUCAGUCUGACGCAAAACUGGUACGCCAACGCUGGUUACUCGAUUGCCACCGAUGUUUUGAUCUUGCUGCUGCCGAUGCAGCCCAUUUGGGCAAGCAAACUGCCCCUUAGCCAAAAGAGAGCCUUGAUGCUUGUCUUUGCUCUUGGUAGUUUUGUUACUGUGACAUCUAUCAUGCGUGCCACGACUCUCAACUUCUCGACAACUAGCCCUGAUACGACCUUUGACAUUGCUUCGACUCUGUGGACCAUUAUCGAAGAAAAUGUGGCCAUUAUCUGCGCUUGUUUGCCCAUGUGCCGUAUCGUCCUGGCCUUUCUCUUCCCCCAGACUUUCGGCAGCAAUAUUGCUUCCAAGGGCUCUACGGGAGCAUCUGGCGCUCUGGGAUCAGGGAGUCGCAACAAAUUCGGAUAUGAACGCUCCACUUCGCCCUCACGCCGCCAAAGCUGGAAACCCUACUCUGGACCAGGUGGAGAUACUGUCACCCGCAGCGUGGCCGCCCACCAGAGCGACGAUACGAGCGAGGAGUUUAUCCUCACAUCAGUGCAGAGACACGGCUCGUCAGACGACCAGGAUGGAGCAAUCCGCAAGACUACAAAGUACGAAGUCUCGUACGAGACCGGACCAUACAAAAAUUAA